AUGGCGAUGCUGGAGGGAACACUGUCCAAAUGGACGAACGUGAUGAAGGGUUGGCAAUAUCGUUGGUUCGUUCUGGACGAGUACGCCGGGCUGCUGUCGUAUUACACCUCGAAAGAGAAGAUGAUGAAAGGCGUCCGGCGGGGGUGCGUGCGGCUCAAGGGUGCGAUCAUCGGUAUAGACGAUCAGGAUGUCAACACGUUCACGAUCACAGUCGAUCACAAAACCUUUCACUUUCAGGCGCGCGAUGCCGACGAACGCGAAAAGUGGGUUCGUCGCCUGGAGGACACGAUACUGCGGCACGCAAACCGCGGCCGGGCACUGUGGGACAGCCAGUAUGGUGCCAGUGCCAUGGGUGUGGGCACGGGUGGCGCAAGUGCACGACGCUCCAACAACUUGGUACUGUUCGACCGGAAGGUGACCGAGGCGGACGCAUUUCUGCAGCUGAUGAUAGAACAGACAACGAAAAUUGAUGCAAGACUGGAAGCGCUCGGCGAGGACGACGCGGAGGAAGCGAGCUGUCUGAAGACCAUCAACGAACACGCGAAUGCCAUGCUGGACAAUAUCAAGCACUCGAUAGUUUUGCUGCAAAUCACUAAGAACACGGCAAACCCCAUCAAUGGUAUCUAUCAGGGGCCAGUGUCCAGUAAGUCGGAGACAGAGACUGAAACCAGUGACUCAGGUAAUACUCCUUUACCCUAUGUACCCACUCCUUCGUCACUGGCCACCGACAUCGAGGUUGCGGACGAGUGCAGAGAAAGUGUGCGUCGCGCCAACAUUGCUUCUAUCAGCGUGCCGGAAACGUCCUACUCGAGCUCCGAAGGCGAAGACGACUUCUUCGACGCAAACGAUGACCCGUUCAGCUCUAGCCAAUUAAACACCCCGACAAGCAACACUCGAACACUAUCCGAGCACACUGCCCGCUUGUCGGUGGAGGACAACUAUGUUACGGCGGAGGACAACACCAGCGGUGCCGGAUCGCUCAAGAAGCAGGACAGCAUCCUCGAACCGACAUCCAUAUCAUCGAGCGGCGGCACCACGUCCGGCCAUGAUGGCGGGCUGCAUCGUGGUGCCCGCAAGUCGUACGACUCAAAGUCCCUACCGAUCCGCACCGACGGUAGCCUCGAUUACGAUGCCUUAUACGAAGACGAGUCCGACAACGAUCUGUCGAUGGAGUCACACGGGUCCGUUGUCACGCACUUGCUUUCGCAGGUGAAGAUCGGUAUGGACCUGACGAAGGUGGUGCUGCCAACGUUCAUUCUCGAGCGCCGCUCGCUGCUGGAGAUGUACGCCGACUACUUCGCCCAUCCGGAUCUGUUUCUGCGGAUAGCGGACCAGAGUGAUGUCCGCGAACGGAUGAUACAGGUCGUCCGAUGGUACCUGAGCGCGUACCACGCCGGGCGGAAGAGCUCCGUAGCGAAGAAGCCGUAUAAUCCGAUCUUGGGCGAAAUAUUCCAAUGCCACUGGGAUACUCCAGAGUUGCCAACUGGCGAUGAGGCGUCAAACGUGGAGGUACAGGAUGGGCCAGUGCCGUGGUGCCGCAGGGACCAGCUAACGUUCAUAGCCGAACAGGUGUCGCACCAUCCUCCAAUAUCAGCGUUUUAUGCUGAGCACUACAAUAAGAAGAUCAGCUUCUCGGCGCACGUGUGGACAAAGUCAAAGUUUCUCGGUCUCUCGAUAGGCGUCCACAACAUUGGCCAAGGCACGGUGACGCUGUGCGAUCUCAACGAAGAGUAUAUCGUGACGUUUCCCAACGGUUACGGACGGUCCAUCUUGACGAUACCGUGGAUCGAGCUUGGUGGUACGGUAACCAUCACUUGCCCGCAGUCGGGAUACCGGGCGGAUAUCGACUUUCUUACGAAACCGUUCUACGGUGGGAAAAAGAACCGAAUACAGGGCGAAAUCUACGGUCCCAAUGAUAAAAAGUCUUUCCUCAGCAUUAGCGGCGAAUGGAGCGGCCUAAUGGAGUACAAAUUCAACGACGGCAGCAAACCAUCCAAGUUCGAAACGUUCGUCGAUGUAAAUAGCAUACCGAUCUACAAGAAGAAGGUACGCCCGGUUGGCGAACAGCAGGAGAACGAAUCGCGCAAGGUGUGGCGCGAGGUUACCGCCGGUUUGAAAAUGAAUGACAUCGAAAAGGCAACGAAUGCAAAGUUCCAGGUUGAGCAGAAGCAGCGGGAAGAGGCGAAGGAGCGCAAGGAAACGUUUGGCGAGUGGGAAUUAAAGUACUUUAAGGGCGUAAACGGAGAAUCCUGGAUCUACUCGAACCCACUGCUGCAUAGGUUAACGCUGGAGAAACGGGAUAGCAAAAGAUAGCAAUCGAACGAAUAUGAUACCACCAACAAUGGUACUAGUAGGUAAGGAAUCUCCGUAUUUGAAGUUAUAUAUACAUAUAUCUAUAUACAAAAACUCAUUACACACGCAAAUGUUGUACAAGAAGCGAGUAAGGGCAGGCGAAAAAGAUAGUGAUAACAGAUAAUGGUGGCGAGUUCGAUCGUCGUCAGCUCAAGUUGAUCGUCCGACAGGGGUCGAUCGGUGAGAAAAUAACGCACGCACGAGAGAGAUGUACGAAAUGUUGAUUCCUCUUCGUCGAAAUAUCUUUCCAACUCCUCUAGAAAGUACUACUUUCCUAACAUGCUCCUCAGAAGUAGUUGCAUUUCCAUCCGUUUUUCGUUAUUGUCGUUUUGUUUCCGUGACCGGGAAUGCGCUCUUCUGAUAACUCUGUUGGCAAGACCAUCACACGAUUCCAUCGUAAGGUAAAGGGGCGUGAGGUACGGCGUAUUGCGGUCUUUUAACCCAUUUUCAUUAAAGCUCUAGCGUCCACUCUUUGCUCAUCGUUGAACGUAUCUCUGUGGGAAAGUUCUUAGAACCUUCGGGGACGUCAGGUUACUAGCGAUGUGAAUGAAAACCGGCGACGAUGGUGUUGAAAAUCUCAGUUUUUAGUCUAAUGCUGUUAUGUAGAAGAAAUCAAACAAUGUGAUAUGCACAAAUAACAUAAAAAGCAACCAAACCCAAGCAAAAAGCAAAAAAACAAUGCUUUCUCCUCGGGCGUACGAAACCGUAUCCAGUUUGGCCCACCUCGUUCGGAAAAAGGUGGAGAAAUGUCAAGAGGGUAAAAGUCAAUCAACAAAUGGUCUCACCACAACCACACGUCGUCCGUUUGACACGGUGGCACACCGGAAGGAUGCGAAGGAACAACUAAAAACGAUACCUAAGAUUACCAUGCAUUCAAAAUAUGAAAAAGAUUACAGGUUUUCUAGAACCUGGCAUAAGCAAGCAAAUAAGAACAUACAGAACGAAACAAUACAUGUUAACAACAACAAUAUUUUCUAUUGAAAAUUACUAAAAAAAAGGAGAACAACAGAAGAGUUGAAAGCAAAUCCGUUUUUACUUGUCGAACGUACAACCGUUGCAUGUUUCGUUGUUUCUUCAUUUCGGGCAAAGAUUGCACAACCAUCCACGCCGAGGGGUAAAAUUAAGGCACGAAACCAACAUUGUUAUCGUCGUGAGUAGCAAACAGAUGUACAUUUAUAAAACUCUACUACCUGCCUACAUUUUUUGUCCCACUUCUCGCGUGGUGCAGUACACAGCGCGUGUAGGGCACACACGGAGAUGGAAAUUAUUAAACAAACAAACCAACACAUGUUACAACACCUAACGCUAGCGCUUGUUAGAGAUGGCGGAAACUGGUGGGGAAAAAUAAAACGAUGAUGGUGCAUCGGCAACGAAAAACAGGCAUUCAACAGGUCCACAACACACGCAGAUACUAGCCGCAAAUCGUUAACGAAAAUUAGUAAACGUAAAAGUUUAAAAAGAGAACGCACUAUUCUAACCAAGAAGUUAUGCAACGGCACACGUCGGAGUUAUCAUUCUUAGCUAACACAGACCGUUGCUGUAAUAAUACACAAAGGACACACACACACACAAACGCAACCAUGUUCUCUUUCCACGCGCGCCAACAUACGCCAAUGCCAACAUCCUCAAAGCACAUUGUUAAAGUUAGCAACAAUUGUGUAAUAUCAGCAUACUCUCACGAUUACAUUUGAUAAACUAUGGACGCUCCGCCGAAGGCAGGAGAGGUCGCCCUAGUGGUCACUAGAAAUCAGGUAAAAACACUAAACCUAACAAAGCAUGAAAAGAACAUAAAGCUCUCACGCAGAGUGUGGCCGUACUCGAUCGACGAGCUACAAACAGCAUUAUUAUAAUUUAAUCAAAAUAUGUCCAACACGAAACUAGUUACGACAAACCACACACCACUCUUAGAAACACACACACACAUAGUUUUAAAUUGAAACU